AUGGCCUCGAAUGAAGUCGACGUUGUGGUGGUGGGAGCGGGCCUCAGCGGCCUCAUAGCUGCCACCGAAGUCCAGCGAGCAGGUCUCUCCUGCGUGGUACUCGAGGCCAUGGAUCGCGUGGGCGGAAAGACCCUGACAAUUCCUGCUUCUUCUCAGGGGGGCCUGGCUGAACUUGGAGCCGCCUGGCUCAACGACACGAACCAAUUUUACAUGUACGCGUUGGCGAAGAAGUUUGGAUUCGAGCUUGAAGUGCAACGCCAUAAGGGUUUGAAUCUUUUCGAGGAUUCGAAGGGCAAAACGCACAGCGUGGAGUAUGGGAAUGAGUAUUUGAAUGAGUACGCCAAACAAGCGGAACUCACUCAGCUGGUGCAUCCUGAACUCAGUCAAAAUGCGAGAAAACAUGAUAAUAUGACGUUCGCGGACUUUGCAAAACAGUUUUCCCCGGACGCAGAACUCAUAGCGGAUGACAUCGCCGAGACGCUACUCGGGGUGGAAGCCAAAGACAUCAGCGCGUUGUAUAUGUUCAACUAUACUAAAAGUGGGACUGGGCUGGACAAUAUCUUGUCAGACUUGAAGGACGGGGGUCAGUACAUGCGCAAUCGUCAUGGGAAUCAGAACUUCUCUGUCCGCCUCGCCGAUGACCUUAAGCCUGAAACCGUGCAUCUAUCUUCACCUGUCACAAAUAUCAAACAAAGAGGCCAAGACUCUUGCAUAAUCACCACUCUCACCGGUCGCCAAAUCUCUUGCAAAAAAGUGAUCAUCUCCAUUCCUACCUCCUUGUACCAUCGCAUCGAAUUCAUUCCGUCUCUCCCAGAGACCAAAAAAGAUCUCAGCAGCUCUACAAGACUUGGGUUCUACGCAAAGGUAAUCGCGGUAUACGAGUAUCCAUGGUGGCGACAGGCUGGGUUGUCAGGGAUUUUCAGCUCCGUCAACGGCCCUAUCUGCUGUUCCAGAGACACCUGCAUCGUGGGGGACCAUCAGUAUUCCAUCACCUGCAUGGUUACCGGCGAGUCGGGCAAGGAUUGGUCCAGACUUCCUCCCAUUGAGAAGCAUAAGUUGACCAUGAAGCAGUUCAAUGCUGCUUUCUCCACGCAGGUUAAGCACAUACCCGACCCCUUGAAUGUGAUUGUGCAUGACUGGUCAGAGGAGCCUUGGAUUCUGGGUGCUCCGAGCCCCGUCAUGCCGCCCGGGUUGAUGACUUCGGAUGCUGGGAAGUCUCUCCGGGAACCGUUUAAGAACAUUCAUUUUGUGGGGACUGAAACAGCCAUUAUUUGGAAAGGGUAUAUGGAGGGUGCCGUUCGGGCUGGUAUUCGUGGCGCUGGGGAGGUAAUCGAAUUGCUCGUCCCUGAGACCGAGCGACGGGCGUUCAAGUCUUUUCUUUAAACUGAGAUCUAUCUGUAGUUGCUUUUUCUUGAGUUGUUCACGGAGAAAGUUCCCCUGGUAUAAUGAAACUUGUUGCCUGCUAUACAAUGAAUGGGGUUUGGGCUUCAUUCUCGGAAUUAUUGCUCCGGGUGUUGAAACGUCAUUUCG